UUCAGAGAGAGAGAGAAUGAGCAAACCCUAACCCUAAAAAAUCCAAAACCUGAUUGUGACCGUUUACAAUCCUAAAAUAUACAAUCCUCUCUCUCUCUCUCUCUCUAACCCUAGUUCCAUCACUUUCAUAUAAAUAAAGCAAUUCAAUACCCAGGUUGAGAUCAUAACAACCCCUCUCUCUUCUCUCUCUUCCUCUGGAAGUUUUCUUGUUUUUUGUUUUCUCCGUAGAAUUGAGUCUAUCCCAUUGUGAAUGGUGGAAAUCUUCAGCAAUCGGUUCAUGAUCUCCCUCUUUAGAACAAGGGGGAUCUCUGUAGCCUCUGCUUCCUCCUUUGGAUCUUGCAAACAAGGUUGGUAUUACCGCUGCAUCGGCGUCGACCCCUAAAACCACCACCACCAUCGCCGCCAACAAUCCCAUCUUUUUCAAUUCUCUCUCAUAAAGCCCCAUAUCCAUAUCAAUCAAUCUUCUCGCUCUAGAUUUUCCUUUUUUUGUGUUGUUUUGGGUAACUUUUGUGGGUUCGCAAAGAUGUUGCUGUACAAGCAGAAGAAGAGCCACGGCGGCGGCAAGGGCGGCGGUAACCGCUUCUUGAUCAGCAUCACCGUCCUGGGUUCCGCGGGUCCCAUCCGAUUCGUCGUCAACGAAAAAGAACUCGUCGCCGCCGUCAUCGAAACCGCUCUCAAGUCCUACGCUCGCGAGGGCCGACUCCCAAUCCUCGGCUCCGAUCUCAACAGUUUCCUUCUCUACUGCCCCAUUGCUGGAACUGAAGCUUUGAGUCCGUGGGAGACAAUUGGGUCGGUUGGAGUUAGGAAUUUCAUGCUCUACAAGAAGCCCAAGAUGGAGAAUGAUGCUGCCAUUGUUGAUGAAAAGCAGAGGAUUGAGAGGAAGGGGAAUGGGAGCUGGAAAUCAUGGUUCAAUAAGUCUCUCAAUCUUAAGAUAUCAAGCCAUUGAAAUUACUUCUCAAAAGUUAAAAUCAUACAGCAUUAUCAUUUUAAUUUUGUUCUUGUUGUUCAUGGUUUCUUUGAUUUCUUUAUGGUUUAGUUUGGAUUUGGGUUUUGAGUUUUACUACGAAUAAUUGUAACCAUUUUUAUUUUAAUCCCUUGCAAUAAAAUAGAGAAGUUCUGUUUUUA